CAGCCGAAGAAGAGUCGCUUAAGCCGAUCAGGAGAGCAGCGGUCGGUCGGUAGUUGGGGAAGAUGGCGGCGUCCAAGGUGAAGCAGGACAUGCCUCCAACCGGAGGAUACGGUCCCAUCGAUUACCGCAGAAACCUCCCGCGUCGGGGACUGUCCGGUUACAGUAUGUUUGGUAUUGGAAUGGGAAUAAUGCUGUUUGGAUACUGGAGGCUUUUUAAAUGGAACAGAGAGAGAAGGCGUCUGCACAUUGAGGAUUUAGAGGCUCGGAUCGCUUUACUUCCCUUGUUGCAGGCAGAGCAGGACCGCAGCACGUUACGGAUGCUCCGUGAGAACCUAGAGGAGGAAUCUGUCAUCAUGAAGGAUGUUCCUGACUGGAAGGUCGGUGAGAACAUGUUUCACACAGAUCGUUGGGUCACCCCGCUCACAGAAGAGCUUUAUAACCUUCGACCUCGAGAGCAGUUGCUUCAUAAGAAGUUCGGCUUCCUGUGGUACGUGUAGACACCAGCAUGCCCAGUGAUAACCAGCAUCUGAUCGAUGGGAGACGUCAUGUGCAUAUUGUUGCUUUCUGGGGUUGCCCUGUUCACGUUGUAAAUGUUAAAGUAUAAAAUAUCUUUUCUUUA